UUUCCGGUCGGAGGGCCGGCGACGGCUCUUGCGCAAGCGCGGUUCGCACUUUCCUGCCUUUUCCUCUCCCCUUCCCCCAUCCCCAGCCUGAGGGGUCUUGAGGUGACAGCGACCGCAACUGCGACUCCAGCAGGAGGGGGAGAAGAUGGACAAGAGGAAGCCUGGGCGACGUCGUUCCUCUUCAGAAAUUGUCACAGAAGGAAAAAGGAGAAAGUCUUCAUCUUCUGAUUUACGUGAGUUUCGGAUAACGAAGGUGUUAAAUGCAAAACCAGAGGAUAUUUGUGUUCAGUCGUCACUGUCCAAACUCAGAAGCUCAGAGCGCUGGAAUCUCCCUUUGCAGGAGUUGAAAAGAACUCUAAGAAAUAAGGUCAUCUCUCUAGAGCAUAGAAGUAAAAAAGGUGUCCGUGGGCAUCCUGUUACUUCUAAGGCAUCAUCAGAAAGGCAACUCAAAGUUAUGUUGACGAAUGUCCUAUGGACGGAUUUAGGACGAAAAUUCAGAAAGACCCUACCUAGAAACGAUGCUAAUUUAUGUGAUGCCACCAAGGUGCACUCAGACUCAUUGCCUUCGACAUCUGUUGACAACCUAGAGGCAUGUCAAACAUUAGAACCUCUUCACCAAAGCCUUAAUUUGUCUGAAAGGAUACCCAGAGUUAUAUUGACGAAUGUCCUGGGAACGGAGUUAGGAAGAAAAUACAUACAGACCCUACCUGUAACUGAGGCCAGUUUGGGUGAUACAGACAACUUGCAAUCAGAGCAACUUUCCUCAUCACCUGAUGGCAACCUAGAAUCUUGUCAAAAUCUAAAUCCUCCCAAGAGAUGUUUUUUAUCUGAAAGGGUUUCACAGUCAAGUAAGACAGUAAAUAACAACUCUGCACAGCAGGCUGUACACACUAAAGAAAAGCAAAGAGAUGAUGAUGGCAUUUCUCUUGUAAUGCCUGAUACUCAGCCUAAAGACUUUAAUAGUGGAAGUAGAGGUUGUGAUCAUCUUGAAGAGGGUACCAGAAACAAGAAUGAUACAUAUUCUGAGUCAAAAGUGGAACCCACUGUAAUUUCCAGGAAGACAAAGAAAAGGCUUAGAAGUAAUGUGUCUGACUCCCAUAGUUCUGCUUCUUCUCUGGAUGCGUCGGCAGAACAGACGAAAGAACAAGAAAAUGACUCAACAGUAUGCACUGAGUUUGAAAAGUCAAGUGAAAAGUAUCAUCAGGACCCAAAACUGCUUGAAGAAAUUACACCCGAACCUUUAGGAAGUGGCUUUACUAAACUGUCUCCGCUCAGUGGUCAGGAGUUGGCUUUGAGUGCUGCCCCCAAAAGCGCCUCUGACUGUUCAGCCUCUGGAACGUUUGAGAGCUCUGCUUCCAGUGAUGCUGUGGGAACUUCUGCCCUAGCUGAAAGGAGUGAGAGUGAGUCAAAUACGAUCGAAAAGCCUCUGCGAAGUGGACAUAGUGAAGGGAACCAGUCGUUGAUCUCUGCUGAACCAAUUGUUGUUUCCAGUGAUGAAGAAGGACCUGUUGAACAUAAAAGUUCAGAAAUUCUUAAAUUACAACCUAAGCAAGACCACGAGAUCGUUAAUGAAAAUGAGAGAACUUGUGAAUCAGCAAUGUCGGAACUACCUUUGAUUACAUGUGAAUCUGUGCAGGCCCCCUCUGAAUUAUACCCUGUCAUGGAAAAAGUCUCCUGUAUUACGCCUGGCAAUGCGAUGGAUCUACAACUGGAUUUUAUGUUUACUUCUGUUUAUAUCGGUAAAAUAAAAGGAGCAUCUAAAGGCUGUGUUACAUUCACGACAAAGUACAUUAAGAUUCCAUUUCAAGUGUCCCUCAAUGAGGUGUCAUUGCUAGUGGAUACCAUGUAUUUGAAGAGGUUUGGGUUAUGGAGAAGUAAGGAUGACGACCAUAGUAAAAGGAGUCAUACCAUCCUCUUCCUCUGGGUGUCUUCAAAUUAUCUUCAGGAGAUUCAGACUCAAUUAGAAAAUUCUGUAUUAAGCCAGCAAUCAAAAUCUAGCGAAUUCAUUUUCCUUGAGCUACACAAUCCUAUUUCACAAAGAGAAGAAUUGAAAUUGAAAGAUAUUAUGACAGAAAUAAGUACGACCAGUGGAAAAUUAGACCUGUCUUAUCCAUUGUCCUGGGUCCAGGCAUUUCCUUUGUUUCAGAGCCUCUCUUCAAAAGAAAGUUCUUUUAUUCAUUAUUACUGCGCUUCGACUUGUUCCUUACCUACUGCUGCUGUUGAAGAAAUGAAGGUGAAAUCAGUGUCUCAGUCCUCAAAUACAGACGCAGCCAGACCUACCUACACCUUCCUACAGAAGCAAAGUAGUGGUUGCUACUCACUUUCUAUUACAUCUAAUCCAGAUGAAGAAUGGCGAGAAGUCAGGCACACUGGACCUGUUCAGAAGCUAAUUGUAUACCCGCCACCACCUACUAAAGGGGGAUUAGGAGUAACUAAUGAAGAUCUGGAGUGCUUAGAAGAAGGAGAAUUUCUUAAUGAUGUGAUCAUUGAUUUCUAUCUUAAGUAUCUUAUAUUGGAGAAGGCAUCUGAUGAACUUGUUGAACGAAGUCAUAUUUUCAGUAGCUUUUUCUAUAAGUGCUUAACAAGGAAGGAAAAUAAUUUAACAGAAGAUAAUCCAAAUCUCUCAAUGGCACAGAGAAGACAUAAAAGAGUAAGAACAUGGACUCGUCAUAUAAACAUUUUUAAUAAAGAUUACAUCUUUGUGCCUGUAAAUGAGUCGUCUCACUGGUAUCUGGCAGUCAUUUGUUUUCCAUGGCUAGAAGAAGCUGUGUAUGAAGAUACUUCACAACCUGUACCCCAGCAGUCCCAGGCUCAGCAGUCCCAACAGUACAACAAAACAACAGAUAGUGAUCUACAUACUACUUCAACACUAUCCUUGGGUGCAGAGGAUUCCCAAGGUACCGAGACGAAUAUAUCAGUACCAAAGAAAAUGUGUAAAAGGCCAUGUAUUCUCAUACUUGACUCCCUGAAAGCUGCUUCUGUACAAAAUACAGUUCAGAAUUUACGAGAGUAUUUAGAGGUAGAGUGGGAAGUCAAACGAAAAACUCAUCGUGAAUUCAGUAAAACAAACAUGGUGGACCUAUGCCCUAAAGUUCCUAAGCAAGAUAAUAGCAGUGAUUGUGGAGUGUAUUUACUACAAUAUGUGGAAAGCUUCUUCAAGGAUCCAAUUGUUAACUUUGAACUUCCAAUUCAUUUGGAGAAAUGGUUUCCUCGUCAUGUAAUAAAGACCAAACGGGAAGAUAUUCGGGAGCUGAUUUUGAAACUUCACUUACAGCAACAGAAGGGCAGCAGUAGCUAGUUAAUCUCUACAAACAUGACAUAGUUGUCCUACAAGAUUACUGGAAAGCUGCUUACCGGCAUUUGCAUUAGCCAGCUCACAAAGAAGAGAAGUAACUUGCAGUAGUUUUAUAAAUCAUUGAACAUUAUUUAAAGUAUAUAAGAUCUAUUGUUAGAAUUGUUGGGAUCUCAAACAUGGAGUGGGAAUGGGGGCGAUGUAGAUAAACUUACUAAAUAGAAAUUAAAAUUUCAUAAAUAUUUGAUAUUUUUCUGAGUGAAGAUGCUUGGAUCAUGCAAUAGUAUAUGUAAGGUGGCAGUGUUUUUGUAGAUACUAAAACCACGUGAUCUGUCCUUCCUCGUGACUGGGAGUUGAAGGGAGUUAGGUUCUUCCUGGUGCCAGCCCCAGUGCUUGUCAGUUUUGUUGACAAGUCACAUCAUAUUGUAAUUCUAUUCUUUGCAGCUCAAGCAUGCAGUAUGAAUACUGUGUAUUUUUUUUUUUUUUUAAAGAACUUAGUAUCAGACCUUCAGAAAAUGCCAUUUACGGCAUCCCUUCUGUAUAGUGUAAAAGAAGACGUUCAUAAUGUUAGGAAGAUGAAAAAAAUUCAUUCUUUCAACGUAAAAAUUCAUUCUUUCAAAGUGCAGCUUGUUAUACUGCGCGGCUGCUAGAUGGACCCGUCAGUGACUGUGCUCUAACUGUGAUCAUCUUCUUCACAUUUCCGUUGGCAUCAUAUCUGGGGAUUUGAGAAUUUAAUUGAUUUAGGGUGAUGGUUGGAAUAAACUAAAAACUGGAUUUUUUUCCUAUUUCUUUUAGUGUUUUCUUUCUGAAAUUAGAGAAAGUAAAAAAAGAAAUACCCCCCCCAAAAAAUUUAGCUAUCCAAGAUAGGUUUUUAAAAAUGAUAUCUGUAGCUGCUCAACUCAAUGUAAAUAUUGACUCCUAUGUUAUCUCAGAAUGUAUGUAUACAAUUUCUAUACGUAUAGAAGAUAAAAUUGCUGUCCUCAUAACUUUAGCAAAAAACCCCCCAAAUUUCUCAAAGUACUAUUUAUUAAUUGUUAGAACUAAGUAUAUAAUUUUAUACCUCUGUUUACCCAGUAUUCAUCUGCAAAGCCAGAUUGUUCUCAUUGCUUUUUUAUUUUUAGACUGUAGUUUUUAGAGACCUAUGAUCCCUGUAGAGCUUAAUUUUUUAAGUAACAGUCCUACUGAAUUCGUGUGAUGAUGGUGGUAUUAUAUCUGAGUAAACGCUUCAGAACCUUCUGAUUUACUCUAACAUUAUCAGGAAUAUAUUGUAUUUUCUCAGAUAAGAAAAAUGUUCUUUUAAGAAUAUUAUUUUAAUCUGCGAUAAACAACUCUUGACUUUGCAUUGUAACUGUGUGUAAAGCGUGAAACAGACACUUUAAGGUAAGGCUAAAAAGGCUGAACAUUUUAUUUCAAAAUCAUGUGAAUUGAGGUUGUCGGUUGAGCCUCAGUGUCCUUGACCUUGUCACCAUCUUUAUAUUGUUAAAGAUAUUUGUCUUUUGGAGAUUUCAUAUAAAGAUGGUUAUAAUUAUAUAAUUCAUUCCUAAUUUAUGUGUGUAUGUGGGGGGACUUUUUUAGGUGAUGAUUUUUAAUUAUUUUUUUAUAUCUAAUUUUGGGUACAGUGAGUAUAUAAGACAUCUUCUUGUGAUUUCUUAACUUUUUCAUUUAUCUGUUUUUCAAAGAUACCACUGUCGUUUAUCAUGUAUUGAAAAUUGUUUAAAAUU